UGAUUGAUUGAUAUCUAAAUUUUUAUUUUCUGCAACACAAAUUUAGAAUUUUGUUUCCUUGUUCUAAUAGUAGUAGGGCAAGGAUAGGGUAAGGUUAGAUUGUCUGUCUGUUUGUUAGAUUAUGUGGUAUGAGGGAUGGACUUGUAAGGUUGUUUUGAAAGAGAGGAGAGCUAUGGGAAGUAGAAUUGGAAUUCUACGUGAAGUAUGUUGUUGUCCUUGUUGAGUAGGCGCUCAUUGGAUGUUGAUUCCAGGGAUGCUUAUGGAUUUGUUUUGAGACCUCAACACAUACAACAAUAUAGACAAUACAUUAGUAUCUACAAGGAGGAAGAAGAGGAAAGAUCAGAGAAAUGGGAGAUUUUUCUUCAACAUCAAUUAGAAUCUAGUCAGUUUUGCUUAGCUGAAGAGGAAUCCAGAGAGAGAUUGCAGGCUGAAACUACUGGCUUGGAUGAACAGAUCAUUUCAGAAAGGGGCCUAGAGGGGAAUGAUUGUAGUUGGAAGAAGUCUGAUUUUGAUGGUUCAACAGACUGUGAUCCUAAAAAGGAGUUGCAAUUUUCAGAGGAACCUGUGAGACAGGCCCAAUUUUCAGGGGAAUGUCAAAAAGAGGAGCAGUCUUCAGAAGAGCCUGAAAACCAGACACAACUUUCCAAAGAACCUGGAAAGGAGGACCAUAUAUCAGGGGAAUCUGAACAAGUGGUACAGAAUUUGGAAGAACCAGAAAAAGAGGUGCAGCUUCCAGAAGAACCCAAAAGGGAGGAGCCGCUUUCAAAACAAACAAAGGCUGGUAAGGUUCAAAUAUGGUCACGAAUUAGACUCUCUCUCCAUGCCAUUGAGAGUACAAUGAGUUCACGUGUUAAGAACAUAAAGAAUAUGAAAGGCAAUCAGAAUAGUUCAAGUAGAGAUCAACUUCUGUCAAUAAAAGAGGCAGAAGUUGUAGGAGAAGAACCAAAGGAUGAUGUUGAGGGAGAUGUUUUUGUUAAGGACAGUUCAGAUGAAAAGGUUGAUACACCUCUACAAGAAAAUUCUGCACAUGUUGAGAAAUCUCCAGAGCUGUUCUUUCCUUGGAAACAAGAACUUGAGUUCCUUGUUCGUGGGGGAGUGCCAAAGGAUCUCAGAGGAGAGGUAUGGCAAGCCUUUGUCGGUGUAAAGGCACGCCGAGUGGAGAGGUAUUAUGAGGAGUUGCUGGCUGAAGAAUCUAAUGCUGAUGAAAGCAAUGACCUUAGUAACUCAACCAGCGUCCCCAUGAAGUGGAAAAGGCAGAUUGAGAAGGAUAUACCACGAACUUUCCCAGGUCAUCCUGCUUUGGAUGAGCAUGGCAGGGAUUCCUUGAGGCGUCUACUGUUAGCAUAUGCACGGCAUAAUCCCUCUGUUGGGUAUUGUCAGGCAAUGAAUUUCUUUGCUGGAUUAUUGCUACUUCUGAUGCCUGAGGAAAAUGCCUUUUGGACUUUGGUGGGCAUUAUCGAUGACUAUUUUGAUGGCUACUACACAGAAGAAAUGAUAGAAUCUCAGGUGGAUCAACUUGUUUUUGAAGAGUUGAUGCGAGAAAGAUUUCCUAAAUUGGUUAAUCAUCUGGAUUACUUGGGAGUGCAGGUGGCAUGGAUCUCUGCACCUUGGUUCCUUUCCAUCUUUGUCAAUAUGAUUCCUUGGGAAAGUGUUCUCCGAGUUUGGGAUGUUCUCCUUUAUGAAGGAAAUAGGGUGAUGAUGUUUCGAACUGCACUUGCUUUAAUGGAAUUAUAUGGUCCUGCCUUAGUGACAGCUAAAGAUGCUGGGGAUGCAAUUACUUUGUUGCAAUCACUUACAGGGUCAACAUUUGACAGCAGCCAGCUUGUUUUUACUGCUUGUAUGGGGUUUUUGGCUGUAAAUGAAGCUAAAUUACAAGAAUUGAGAGAAAAGCAUAGACCGGCUGUACUGCUGGUAAUAGAGGAAAGAUCAAAAGGGGGUAGAGCUUGGAAGGAUUCAAAGGUUGCUUCUAAGUUGUACAGUUUUAAGCGCGAUCCUGGAGAAGGAAAAAAGACUGGUGAAGGAGGUGAGUCUAAAUUGGAGAAUCAGUCCUCUAAUCUGGAUGGUGUAACCGCUAAAUCUGAAGGAGAUUCAUUACCAGAUCUUCAGGAACAGGUGGUUUGGUUGAAGGUAGAAUUGUGCAGGUUGCUGGAGGAGAAAAGAUCUGCCAUACUCAGAUCUGAGGAGCUGGAGACAGCAUUCAUGGAGAUGGUCCAGGAAGAUAAUAGACGGCAACUGAGUGCAAAGAUUGAAGAAUUGGAGCAAGAGGUAGCUGAUCUGCGAGAAGCCCUUGCUGACAAGGAAGAACAGGAAGCUGCAAUGCUUGAGGUCCUGAUGCGGGUAGAGCAAGAACAGAGGAUAACUGAAGAAGCUCGUAUAAAUGCUGAGCAAGAUGCAGCUGCUCAAAGAUAUGCAGUAACUGUACUUCAGGAUAAAUAUGAGAUGGCCAUGGCUUCACUUGCUCAGAUGGAGAAAAGAGUGGUUAUGGCAGAAUCAAUGUUAGAGGCUACCAUAAAUUACGAAUCUGGACAAGCUAAAGCACAAUCUUCUCCACGGUCAGCCCGUAAUCAAAGUUCCACAGGAGAAAGCCCCAGAAGAAGGAUUAGCUUAUUGAAAUUUGGCCUCGGUUGGCGCGACAAGAACAAGGACAAAUCGAACGAGGAGAUCGGAGAUGGUGUAUCCAGUAGCAAUGAGGGAUGAGAUCCAAGUACAUAGCAGGCUGGAAUAAAGAAAGCAAAGACCAGAGAAGAACUUUUAGCAGAGAAUUUUGUCUGUAAUUAUGCACUUCAUAUUAUUGUGUACAUUGAAAUUGAAUUGAUAAAAGUAAACUUACAUAUUGUCUAAUGUAAAUAAGAUUAUCUACUAUAUAAUUAUACAUUAUACUUUAUUCAAUUUAUUUUGCUA